UACGAAGUCAUUCAAUUCAAGCGCUGUUGACACCUCAGCACGCAAUCUAUCCCCGCACUCGUUACGGUACAUUGAAGAAAAGAAAGAAGAAUCUUCUCCAAUUGUAUAUUAGGGUAAGGGUUUGAUUGAAUUACGCUGCAGACACACACAGAGACCAAGAGAGAAAGAGAGAUAGAGCUAUGGCGGAGAAAGAGGGUUUUAGGGUUUACAACUCGAUGGCACAGCAGAAGGAGAUCUUCAAUACGCUCGUGCCGGGGCGCGUGGGCAUGUACGUGUGCGGCGUCACUGCCUACGAUCUCAGCCACAUUGGCCACGCACGCGCCGCCGUCACUUUCGACGUCCUCUACAGAUACCUACAAUACUUGGGAUAUGAAGUUACUUAUGUGCGGAAUUUCACUGAUGUUGAUGACAAGAUAAUUCGCAGGGCAAAUGAGCUUGGGGAGGAACCAUUAAAUUUAAGUAACCGUUUUUGCCAAGAAUAUCUUGUAGACAUGGCUGAUCUUCAGUGCCUCACUCCUACCCAUCAGCCGCGUGUUUCUGAGCAUAUGGAGCAGAUAAAGGAUAUGAUAACUCAGAUCAUCAACAAUGACUCUGCAUACGCCGUUGAUGGGGAUGUGUACUUUUCUGUUGAUAAAUCCCCAAAUUAUGGCCAGUUAUCAGGGCAAAAACUGGAAAACAACAGGGCUGGUGAACGUGUUGCUGUUGACACAAGAAAGCGUAAUCCUGCUGACUUUGCAUUGUGGAAGACUGCAAAGCCUGAUGAGCCAAGUUGGGACAGCCCAUGGGGUCCUGGAAGACCAGGGUGGCACAUAGAGUGCAGUGCAAUGAGUGCUCAUUACCUAUCCUACAGUUUUGAUAUUCAUGGUGGUGGAAUUGAUUUGAUCUUUCCACAUCAUGAAAAUGAGAUUGCCCAGAGCUGUGCUGCUUGCCAAGAGAGCCGUGUUAGUUACUGGAUGCAUAAUGGGCAUGUCACUAAUAACAAUGAGAAAAUGUCCAAGUCCUUGGGUAAUUUUUUUACAAUUCGUCAGAUUACUGAACGGUACCAUCCACUGGCUUUGAGACUUUUCUUGUUAAGUGCACACUAUAGAUCUCCUCUCAAUUACACAGUAUUGCAGCUGGAAAGUGCAUCAGAUGCUGUUUAUUACAUAUAUCAGACAUUGCAAGACUGUGAAGAUGCUUUAUCCCCAUUUCAACAAGAAAGUCUCAAGGAGGGGCCAGAACGGAAAAGCAAAACAGCUCGGGUUACUCCUGCUGCCCAAGAGUGCAUAAGUAAGCUACAUAGUGAGUUCCAGAGUAAAAUGUCAGAUGACUUGAACACUGCACAGAUAUUGACUUGUGCUUUUCAAGAAGCCUUGAAGUUCAUAAACAGUUCUUUGAACAUACUCAAGAAGAAACAACAGAAACAACAAUUAUCAGUGGUUCAGUCUCUUAUUGAAUUAGAGAAAGAAGUUAAAGCAGUUCUAAAUAUUCUGGGAUUGCUUUCCUCUUCCACUUACUUGGAGGUUUUGCUGCAAUUAAAAGACAAGGCUUUGAAAAGAGCAGGGUUGGAGGAAAGUUAUGUGUUGAAUCAGAUUGAAGAAAGAAAACUAGCAAGGGAAAAUAAGGAUUUCUUAAAGAGUGAUCAGAUCAGGGCUGCUUUAACUUUGAAGGGCAUUGCACUCAUGGAUGUGGGCAAGGAAACUAUUUGGAGACCAUGCAUACCAGUUGAACCUGUGCAGCCUGCACAGCCAGUUGAACAGGAACAUAAGACCCUGCCAGUUGAACAGAAAACAGGCACCACUGGUUGAACAAGAAAAAAACACAUCCCUUUAAACAACAAUACAGUUACCGCUAAUUGAACAGGAACGAUGGGGACAACAUUGUGGACUUGAUGGUGGAAAGCCUUGUUCCUGCCCCAACCAGUGGUUGACAGAUGAUUGGUACAGUUAUUAUUUAAUUAUAUGGGGAUUUUUGUAAUUUUUGAUUCUAUUUUGUUAUUAAUGUUGUAACAUUUGGGACCAUCACAUGUUAGAAGCCCAAGUCCAUGACCAAGUGUUAUUUGGUCUUAAAUAUGCAGCAAUGUGGGCAUAAUAUGGCUCAAUUCCUGCAUAAACAGCUACUGCAGGUCGCAGCAAUACUAUACAAGAACACGGGUUGUGGUGACCCUUUUGUUGUUUGACUACUACUACAGGAGUUUAAAGUUGAUCAAUUUUCCUUGUUCA